AUUGUGGAUCAGUAUUUACCCAACUGUCACACAUUCCUUGGUGCUAUUUUUAUUGAAGUGCAGUGGCCUUCUAUUGUAAGUUUACCCCAUCCUGUGCCUGUCAGAACGAAAAUUCAUUCCAUCUUACUUCACCUCCUCAUCAAGUUAGGCAAUGAACCGAAUGUACGGCAAUCAGGAGGCAGGAUAACCGUAUUGCUACUGGAAGCCCAAAAAUUCCACUGGUACUUAGUCGACUCCAACUGUUACCAAAAUGUUUGCAACUGGUUUGUGAUGAGCUACGAUCCUCGAGUCAUCUUGUCAAUCGGAAACAAUGAUUCAAUUGCUGUUGACAUAGCUGCGCUGGAACUUCUGCAGGUCUCAGCAGGUUAUGUUGACAAAGCCCAGUAUUACCAUGCUACCACUUCUGUUAAGAGGCAAUUGUAUGUUCGUUCAGUAGUCAAAAUGAUUCUUCAGCUGAUUACAAGGCAUAAAAGCGUUGCACAAAGCCGACUUCCAGAAUUGAAGCAAGCGAUUAGUCGGAUACUAGAUAAAAUGGAAUUGGUCAUCGUUGCCAGUGUUCCUCCUGAAAACCAAACAAAUGAAGUUGGGCUGUUGCUUGUUGAGUUUGUUACCCUGCUGAAUCAACCACGUGGGACAACUUUGUCAAACCUUUCGACAGAGGUGUUACUCAGUUGGCUUCAGAAUAAGUCCUUUAACUGCGUUGUUCUCCGCGGCUUGUUGCACAUUGCAGGCUCCUCCAUUGAAUUUGACGAGACCCUUGGAAGUGUUUUAGAAUGCUGCUGCAAUGCUUGGUUCAGUAUAAAUAAAAAUGGAGUUGCUCAUCAGCAGUGGGAUCAUAUUUUACAAGUAAUUCAACCAAUUCAACCUCGUGCCAUUCCCAUAGAAAACUUUCUUCUCGCUAAUAAUCAUCUCCUGAUUCUGUUUGCUCUAACAUUGAAGUCAAUACCAUCUCCACAGAAUCUUCCAGAGGAACUCUCCGUUUUAAAUAAAGUUGUAUUGUAUAUUUCUUCAGUCAAACCUUGCAAAACUAGUGAAAUUAAGCUGGUCUUGUUCUGGGCUUUGGCUCUUCGUCUAUGUGCCAAUCAAGUGAGUGCUAAAGAUUGUUCAACGGAAACAUCCGCCAGGAUAAUUGAGUAUCUCCAUAAGAUAGUGGCAAACACCUCUCUUUUUGCCGAGCAAAAAUCAAACUGGGGAUUUUUGGGUGCAAUUGGACUUGUAAAGCAAAAUUCUAACAUAAUCAGGUUCCGACUCUUGGCAAAAGCUGUCUCAACAUACAUUUUGGCCCAAAUACCCAACAAGUUCGAAGCAUCUUCCUUCUUCAUUCGUUGCUCUAAGGAUGCACCUGGCGCAGUUUCAGACACAUCAGGGGAGCUGACGCCAAGUGUGGAGGCAUUAAAGUCACUGAAUUCUUUGGAGUGCCUAUUGUCAGAAAAAUCAUUUGUGGAAUUGAAAAAUAUCAUCGAACUAUGUAUCAGUAUGAUCAAAGGCCCUGAGAACUCGCUCGAUAACGGUGAUAACUUUGUCUUAUCUAUUGCAAGACUUCUAUUUCCGGAGGGUUAUGUGCAUGCUACGCUACCCACUCUGACUGAAUCUGGCAAUUGAUUAAAUUAGUUUAAGUUUUUCAGCAGUUUAAAUUAAGAUUCUUUUUUUUAUUUUUACCCUCUCAUUGUUACCUCCAUACCAUGUACUUGUUAUUACAAAUAGUUUUGUAAUGUUGAACUUUUUUAAAUACAGAAUCUUCCAUUUUCAUGAUGAUUUUUUACACA